GGCCCAAGCGCAAGAAAACCAAAAUUCUCCAGGCACGGCGGCGGUGGACGUCUAGAUUUGCACCCCGAGCCCCGGUUGUGGGAAGGGAACUCCAGGCUUCCAUCCAGCGGCACCAGCAUACCAAGGAUUUUCCUGCCAUUAAAUCUGGAGAAAGAAAAAUAAGCACUCGAACCUGCAUGAGCAAGUAUUUCUCCUCGACUCCUGCUCGCCAUCUCCCUCUCCCCACCCCCACUCCCCUUUACUUCUCUGCUGGACCAUUUUUUAGGUCUGUGGCUGCCAGACUUAGGAGAUGGAUGGGCUUGGGGAGCCGAAGGGCGCCUUGGAGGAGGAGCAGGACCAGGCAGACCCCCAGGACAGUAGGGAGUCCACAGCUGGGUGGUUCUAAGCCACCAGGUGCAUGAAAGGCCACGGGAUGCUGGUCCUGCUGCUGCAUGCGGUGGUCUUCAGCCUGCCCAGCGUCUGGGCGGAGGAGGCCUGCACGCGCACCUGCCCCGCCGCCUGCGCCUGCAGCAGCACCGAGCGCGGCUGCUCCGUGCGCUGUGACCGCGCCGGCCUCCUGCGCGUGCCGGCCGAGUUCCCGUGCGAGGCGGCUUCCAUCGACCUGGACAGGAACGGCCUGCGCUUCCUGGGCGAGCGGGCCUUCGGCACGCUGCCGUCGCUGCGCCGCCUGUCGCUGCGCCACAACAACCUGUCCUUCAUCACGCCCGGCGCCUUCAAGGGUCUGCCGCGGUUGGCCGAGCUGCGCCUGGCGCACAACGGGGAGCUGCGCUACCUGCACGCGCGCACCUUCGCCGCCCUCGGCCGGCUCCGCUGGCUCGACCUGGCCUCCUGCCGCCUCUUCACGGUGCCCGAGCGCCUCCUGGCCGAGCUGCCCGCCCUGCGCGAGCUCGCCGCCUUCGACAACCUCUUCCGCCGCGUGCCCGGCGCGCUGCGCGGCCUGGCCAACCUGACGCAUGCGCACCUGGAGCGCAGCCGCAUCGAGGCGGUGGCCUCCAGCUCGCUGCAGGGCAUGAGGCGCCUGCGCUCGCUCAGCCUGCAGGCCAACCGAGUCCGUGCGGUGCACGCGGGCGCCUUUCGCGACUGCGGCGCCCUGGAGCACCUGCUGCUCAACGACAACCGGCUGGGGGAGCUGCCCGCGGAAGCCUUCGUAGGCCUGCGCCGCCUGCGCACGCUCAACCUGGGUGGCAACGCGCUGGGCCUCGUGGCGCGCGCCUGGUUCGCGGACCUGGCGGAGCUUGAGCUGCUCUACCUGGACCGCAACAGCAUCGCCUUUGUGGAGGAGGGCGCCUUCCAGAACCUCUCGGGCCUCCUCGCUCUGCACCUCAAUGGCAAUCACCUCACUGUGCUGGCCUGGGCCGCCUUCCAGCCUGGCUUCUUCCUGGGCCGCCUCUUUCUCUUCCGCAAUCCGUGGCGCUGUGACUGCCACUUGGAGUGGCUGCGGGACUGGAUGGAGAGCUCUGGGCGCGUGUCCGACGUGCCGUGCGCCGCCCCGGGCUCUGUGGCUGGCCUGGACCUCAGCCAGGUGGCCUUUGGGCGCUCUUCUGAUGGCCUCUGUGUGGACCCCGAGGAGCUGAACCUCACCGCAUCCAGUUCAGGCCCGUCCCCAGAGCCAGAGGCCACCACCGUGAGUAGGUUCAGCAGCCUCCUCUCCAAGCUUCUGGCCCCGAGGGCCCCAGUGGAGGAGGUGGCCAACACCACAGAGGGGCCGCUCAACAUCUCCCUGUCCGACAGCCUUCCCUCCGCCGGGGUGGUCGUCUGGGUCCACAACGCCCGGUUUCUCCUCGGCUCCGGUCUCCUGCUCAGUGUGGCCCAGCACGCGGUGUUUGUCCUACACGUGGACUGACCUUGCCCCAGUGGGGUAGCCCAGAUUGUCUUGGCCAGUGGGGGGAAGUGUAGUUAACUGGCCUUGAGAUUGUUUGUGGUGGCGGGGAGAGGGGAACAGGGUGGGGGCAGGUGGUGAAAACUCCAGCCCAGGACGGAAGGGACAGUUAACUUUCAGAGAUGGCUCUAGUAAGAGGAGAACCCUGGGCAAUGCCACGCCAGGGGUGGGGUGGAGGUGGAGAGAGGAAUGGAUUUCUGUUCAUGUCAUGGGCAUCAGUUGGAGAAGAGAAUCAAGAGUGAACGUGGGCCCUCCAGUGAGAAGAUUAGGAAUUGGAAGCUCCUAGGGCUACAGGGCUCUACCCCAUCACUUGCCCCCAUCUUCCAGGAAACAGAGACUCCAGUGCCGGAAAUAGCAUCAAUCCAGUGGCUAAGUACCAAGAACUGUGCCAGUUUUGCUGGUGGGACCGCCCAUUAAGCCCAGUCCCUUUGUUUUCUACCACAGUUGCCCUCCCCCUCACGGAGGGACACAGGACACUAGAGUCCAGGAAGAUGGACAGAACAGGAGAGAAGGGGGAUGUGAGAGGAACUUAGACCCAAGGGGUUGGCGUUGGUUCCUGGGGUCUAGAAUGUGUCAGGAGGCAUUGAAAACAAAGAUCCAUUUCACUUACUUCACAGUUAUUCCCAGGGGUGGCCUUAGCCACAAAACAACUUUAGGGCAGGGGAGGGGGAGAAAAGGCGGGGGAAUGGGGUUUUCCAUAUACAACUAAGUGUGUAAAAUACUAAGAUUUAAAAAAAAAGUCAAACAAGUUUCUUUAUUGCAAGAUUUUUUAGUCUUUCAUAUGCAAACAUGCAUUGUGAAUCUCCAGAGAGGCCACAAAAUCCUCUUUCUUAGGUUGUGUAGAAGACAGAGAUGCUGUUAGGGGGGUAGGGAAUCUCCAGCUUGGAUGAUCCCAUUAGGUGUGGAAAUUAUUAUGGGUGGCACACUUUGGGGCUGACUAAUGGCCAGGAGACACGGAGGCAGCCAGUAGCUGGGAAGGGGGCCACAGAGAUUUCCCAGGGUAGGAGUUGGCCAACUGUAAGCCCCUAGGCCUGAGUGUCAGAGCAAAUUCUGUAUGCUUGCUAAAUACUUGCUCACGCACUUGUCCACACAUGAGUAACGAUGACUGCAUUUGUCAACAUGCGCGAAAUCCCUAGGUUUUGUUUUUUUGUUUUUUGUUCUUUGUUGUUGUUGUUGUGUGAGUAAAGUGAUAGGGGUUUUUUAAGUGAGGAUACAGAAAAAGCUCUCAGGAGGGAGAGCAGUCCCAUCAGGGUUGCCCUCGAAAUCUCUAGUUUUAAUGUCCUGAAUUCCUCUAUGUUUGAAGAGCUGGUUUUUCAAAGUCCACAUAAUUCCACAUAAUGCGCCAAGCUGUCUGGUCUUCCUGGUGACAGUACUUCUUUGUUUCUAGGUCAUACUAAGUAUCAGAAAUGUUGCAGAAAGCUCCUCUGAGGGUCGGAGUGUUCAAAUGGGUUGUGAUCUUUUGUGGUCAGUCACCUCACCUCAACCGGUCACAACCAGCAUUUAAGAAAGAUAGAACAGAAAAGUCACAGAGUCUUACAUGUAACAGGUAUUGUUUUGUGAAACUGUAUUGAAUUUGUACGCGUUUGUUCAGAUGAUAUGUGUAUGUGUGUAUGUUGUGUCUGGAUCACUGCAUACAAUUUAUAUUUUAUUGUGGGCUAUUGUUGAGAAAGUUUGAAAGUCACUAAUCUGGAGGCUACAUGAUUUUCUCAAACUCUUUAUUUUGAAAUGUGUCGAACCUACAGGAAAGUUGCAAGGAUAGUAGAAUGAACACUUUGGCCAUUCACCUUGGUUUCCAGAUUGUUCACAUUUUACUGUACUUGCCGUAUAUAAUCUGAGUUAGUUGUAAACAUCACAGCCCUUCACCCCUAAAAAAACCACAGCAUGUAUUUCCUAUUCGGAACAUUAUCAUUGAUAGAAUACUAUUAC